AUGGAGCUGAAGCGGAGCAUGGCGAUCCCGCGGCUCCUCGUGCUGGGACUCUGGGCUGCGGCACUCCGGGACGUCGCUGCCGUGGCAGGUAUGAAAUUUACAGGACCUCCAAUCAAAUUAAAGGUGUCCCAGGGUCAGCCCGUGAAACUAAAUUGCAGCCUCGAGGGAAUGGAAGAUCCCGAGAUGUUGUGGAUCAAGGACGGAGCAGUGGUGCAAAGCGUAGACCAGGUGUACAUUCCAGUAGAUGAAGAACACUGGAUCGGCUUCCUCAGCUUGAAAUCCGUCGAGCGGACAGAUUCUGGGAAGUACUGGUGCCAGGUUGAGAACGGGGGGAAGAAGGAAGAAUCACAACAAGUGUGGCUCAUAGUGGAAGGUGUGCCCUACUUCACUGUGGAACCUGAGGAUGUGUCUGUGUCCCCCAAUGCCCCAUUUCAUAUGGCCUGUGCUGCUGUUGGCCCCCCUGAACCAGUGACAAUUGUCUGGUGGAUGGGAGACUCUAGAGUGGGGCUUCCAGACGUCUCCCCCUCCAUCUUAAAUGUGUCAGGUAUUAAUCAAAGCACAGUUUUCUCCUGCGAAGCUCACAACGUAAAGGGAUUGUCUUCAUCUCGGACUGCCACUGUUCAAAUUAAAGCCAUGCCUCUCCCGCCUCUCAAUGUAACUGUAAGCCAAGUCACCAGCAGCAAUGCCAGCGUGGUCUGGGUGCCAGGAUUUGAUGGCCGUGCACCUCUCCAUUCUUGCACUCUUCAGGUAGCUGAGUCACCAGAUGGCCAGGAGGUGUCCACUGAAGUCACCCCAGUGCCACCCUUUUCCUACACCGUGCAAGGCCUGAAGCAUUCCACCAACUACAGCGUCCGUGUGCAGUGCAGCAAUGAGAUGGGCAACUCCCCUUUCACUGACAGGAUUUAUUUCCAGACCCUGGAGCUUGCUCCAAACAGCACCCCUCAAAAUAUCCAUGUCAUUCAAAGAGAUCCUGGUUUGAUUUUGGAGUGGGAAGGUGUGGCUCCAGAUGUACUGAAAGAUAAUGUCCUGGGAUACAGACUGGAAUGGAUUCAGGAUAAUGUAACUCAGGGGGAGAUGAUCGUGCAGGACACAAAAGCCAAUCUCACCAUGUGGAAUCCUCUCAAAGACCUGAUUAUCAGGGUGUGUGUGCUGAACUCUGCAGGGUGCGGGCCCUGGAGUGACCUCUUCCUGCUUGAAGCCCAGGAAGUCAUGGGUGGCCAGAGACAGCCUCCUUAUGGAACAUCCUGGGUUCCUGUGGCAUUGGGCAUUCUCACUGCUCUGGUCACUGCUGUUGCCCUGGCUCUUAUUCUCCUUCGGAAAAGAAGAAAGGAAACUCGGUUUGGCCAUGCCUUUGGCAGUGUGGUUGGCAGAGGGGAUCCAGCAGUCCAUUUCAGAGCUGCCAGGUCUUUCAACAGGGAGGGCCCAGAGCUCAUUGAAGCAACAUUGGAGAGUGUAGGGAUCAGUGAUGAGUUGAAGACAAAACUAAAGGAUGUCUUAAUCCAGGAACAGCAGUUCACCUUGGGAAGAAUGUUGGGCAAGGGGGAGUUUGGGUCAGUUCGAGAGGCACUACUGAAGCUAGAUGAUGGCUCUUUCCAGAAAGUGGCAGUGAAGAUGCUGAAAGCGGAUAUCUUCACCUCGACUGACAUUGAGGAGUUCCUGCGAGAGGCUGCCUGUAUGAAGGAGUUUGACCACCCUCAUGUCACCAAACUGAUUGGAGUCAGUCUACGAAGCCGUCCCAAGGGCCGUCUCCCAAUUCCCAUGGUGAUCCUGCCCUUCAUGAAGCAUGGAGACCUCCAUGCUUUUCUGCUGAUGUCACGGAUUGGGGAAAACCCAUUUAACUUGCCUGUUCAGACACUCCUCAAGUUCAUGAUUGACAUUGCCAGUGGGAUGGAGUACUUGAGCUCAAAAAAUUUCAUACACAGGGACCUUGCAGCUCGGAACUGCAUGUUGGAUGAGAACAUGAACGUGAGUGUUGCAGACUUUGGGCUUUCUAAGAAAAUCUACAGUGGAGACUACUACCGCCAGGGCUGUGCCUCCAAGCUGCCAGUGAAGUGGCUUGCUCUGGAAAGUCUGGCAGACAAUCUGUACACAACGCACAGCGAUGUGUGGGCGUUUGGGGUGACCAUGUGGGAGAUUGUGACCCGAGGGCAAACCCCUUAUGCUGGCAUUGAGAAUGCAGAAAUCUACAACUACCUCAUCAGUGGGAACAGGCUGAAGCAGCCCCCGGAGUGCCUGGAAGAUGUCUAUGAUCUCAUGUGCAGAUGUUGGCAUCCUGAGCCCAAACUACGCCCCAGCUUUGGAGUACUCCGGUCACAGCUGGAAAUGAUUCGCGGGAGGAUGUCCACGCUCUCUUCCAGUCAAGAUCCUCUCUAUGUCAACAUUGGGAAGGACAAAGAGGUGUCUGCAAGUGACCCUGCUCUGCACGCCUCCUUUGGAAAUAUGGAUGCUGAAGAGACUGUUGCUGGGGCAGCUGCUGCUGUUACAAGUGACUAUCGCUACAUCAUGAGCCCCUUGUGCCUUGGAGAUGAUGCUGAGGGUGAGAGGCAUCCAGAUGGACAAGAAGGGGAGGACAAAAGCCUUCUGUAUGAGCUAGAGACAGAAGGAGAGAAAAGUUGCUAG